AUGAAGUUCACCAUUGCCGCCACAGCUGCAACCCUUCUCUUCACAACCACAGCCAUUGCAGCUCCUGCAGACGGCGCAACUUAUGCAUCCUACGGUAGUUACCAAUGGGAAAAUGGGGCCCCAGUAAGCGACCAAGAUGUUUCCAAGGACAACCCAAAAUCCCCCGAGGCACCAGCCAAUAUGGCUUUCGUAUUUACUAGCACAUACAAUGUCGUUGCUCUCGGAUCCGAAGUUCGCAAUGGUACCGUAUCGGUUCCCGGCCCUUCAAAUGCUGUCGGAUAUUUCAAUUAUGGAAUCAACGCUCAUCAAGAUACUAUUUGCUAUAACAUCACCUUACUCAACGUAGCCGGAACCUAUCAAUCUCCCGCCAAAACAGCAACACAUAUUCACGAAGCCGCUCGCGGUGCUUCCGGACCUCCUCGUCUUGCAUUCCCAAAUCCAGUCGGUGAUGAUCAUCGUCGAGUCAGUGUGGGCUGUAUGACUGGUCCUUUCACAACUGGUAUUAAUGCUCCUAAUGGAGGCCCAGAUACUGGAACCGGUUUCAAGGUUGCUCAGAUCGAAGCCAAUCCAGCUGGAUUCUUCACAGAUGCUCAUACAAACCUUUUCCCGUUGGGCGUUGUUAGAGGCCAGCUUGCAUAG